UGUACUUUAAGUAGUGUGCUUGAAAUUUCAUGAUACAAUGUGAGGGAGAGAUGAUAUGAAUGUUUACUGAGAUUUUUACAUUUGGAUUUAAAAAUGAUUCUUACAUUAUCUCUCGUUGUUUUUCUUCACGAAGUCUUGGCUGCAGAAGAAAUUCUCCGUGAUCGCAGUGACAUUAAAGUUAAAACACCAAACUACCCAGAUAACUACCCACAUAAUACCACCAAGAUAUGGAGAUUUAAACAUAACUAUGGAGUGUGGAGUGUUUGCAUCGAUCGAUUCUUCCUGGAAAAUUCUCUGGAUUGCAGGAAAGAUUUCCUGGAAAUAAUGGAAAACAAGACCUCUGUAAAGUUUUGUGGAACAAAGUCUAGCGGAAGUCUGUACACAUCAAAAGGACCAGAAAUACUGCUUAAGUUUUCAUCUGAUGGUUCUAUGCAGCAGAUGGGAUUUCAUCUUGAAGUUCUUCAUUUCGUUACAGAAGGUGAUAUAGAAAAGACAAUUAAUGACAGAGAAAGAAAGAGAGCUGCUAGAGCUAAUGUGACGAAGUACGUGGAAGGGAAGCUAACGGACUCCGUGUUGUUCCUAACACUGGUCAGUUUGCUAGGCCUUGCACUGGUCAGCCUUAUUCUGUUGAUCGUCUACUACAUUGUAAAUAUCAACAGAAAGAACCGUCGACAGAACAGCAACUACAACAGGAACGUUGUAUUUCAGACACCAAUCAUAGCGACAAAAAGCAGACGAUACAGCAAGUCAAACUCUCGCGAUGAUUCAAAAGCGGAAGCAAACAGAGACAACAGGACUCCAACAAGAUAUGUGUAAUGAGUAAAAACAACCACUCACGUGUAUGGUUUGAUUUAACUCAGAGCACCGAAAGUAAAAUGCCACUAGACGUUUUAUUUCAUGACGGCGAAAAUUACUACACCAAUCAGUGCUUUAUUUCUUUGAACAUUUGAACCAAAUAGAUUGAUAAAUAGAUGAAUAAUUGGUUCUUAAAACAUGUGAUGACAAUGUUUGGAUUAUUUGUUUCUAGGAAUCUAUGGUGCCAUUUAAUGGAAUAUUUGUUUCUUUUUGUUAUGUUCCUUUAAUACAAAUGCACGAUAUAUCUUGAUAUCAAAGAACAUUAUUUCUAUAUGAUUGAUUGAUUGAUUGGUGUUUAACAUUACUUUCAGCACAAUUGGCUCUAUUGGAAAAUAUCAGUAAAAACUACCAAACCUACGCUUUAUAGCCGACAAUUCUAUUCAAUGAAGGUUGAAAGUGAACGCACCAGAACCCUGGGAAGCGGCAUUCAUUUUUUCUACAGAAAAAAUAUUCAUGUAUAACAAGAAAAUGAGAUACUAUCUUUGUAAUCAUACAUCAUUACAUGCGUUGCUUGUUUUUUGUUAUAGUUAGAUAUACACAAAUUUAUAACAUUGGUUGCAAUGAAAUGUUGUGAUUUCCGAGUCGAAUAAUAA